GGCUUGUUAAUUUGAGGCAACUGUAUCUUGAAGCACUACCAUAUGUAAAUAGUAUGUUACUAUCACAAUUAAAGCGUUUCAUUAACGAGAGUUAACCCUAUUCUCAGUACAUGUAUAUAUGUGUAUAAUGUCAGCCUAGUGAGUUGUCAUUUUAAUGAUCAUACACCAAUUCAUUAACUGCAUGCAUUCAAGUGUCAGUUUAUACUAUUUAGUACUCAGUAAAUACAGAACCAGAUUUGCAUUCAUGUUAAAGGAUACAAAAUUAGUUAUUUAUAUUUAUCACGUGUCUUAUUCGCGGCAUGAUUCAUCAAUGGAGGCCCCCGAUGACUUCCGAGUGCCACUUGCAUGCAUGUCUCCUACAUGUUUUGUUUACGUGCGACUUCACGCUACGUACACACGUGUGUGGAAGCGACCUUCACUGGAAAUCCAGGUCACUGAGUGUUGCGGCAUCAAAUGGCUAGUUUACAGGUUUCCUGUGUGUCAGUAUGAAUUCUAUGAUAUUCAUGGCAGGCUUUCUGCUGCAGUGUGUCAAUGGACAAGACUGGGGACUUGAAUUUGAAGAGCCACACGGAGACGGGAGUCUGUUGUUAUCCGAGGGAGAGGAACAGAUUAUCACGUACAACUUCACUGUGUUCAGUACCAAAAGUGCCAGUAUUUUUACAACAUCGACAGACACUAAAGUGGUAGACGUGAUCGGCGACAUAAACCACAGUGUUGGCGGAGGGCUGUCGGUGACACCUAAUGUUACGGUUAGGGGGGUAUUUCUCGGACGUGCUUCCGUGACAUUUCAGGUAAACAGAAACCUCAAUGGAACCGUAUCGUCGACGCAGACUAAGGGAGGCAACUCGUGGUAUGAGUUGCCGGUGGAUUUAGACGUCGUGGUGAAAAAACAGGAGGGUGUACUCAAUAAAAUUUUCCAGGGGUCAGUGAUUGUGCUGGUUUGUGUAGCCAAUAUUGCCAUGGGAUGCAAAACAGAUGUCCAGGUGGUCAAGGAAACUCUCCGGACACCCAUCGCACCGCUGACCGGCCUUGCAUCCCAGUUCAUCCUCAUGCCACUGAUAUCGUUCACGGUGGGGUACCUCCUACAGCUGACCCCGCCGAUGGCGUUCGGGCUAUUUGCCAUGGGGUGUUCCCCAGGGGGAGCGGCCAGCAACUUCUACACAUAUUUCCUUGACGGCAACGUUUCGCUCAGUGUCACUAUGACUUUAGUGAGCACCAUCGCAUCAUUGGCCUUCAUCCCGCUAUGGCUGUUCACCCUCGGUAUCCAUGUCAUCUACCGGACGGAGACCGUCACCAUCCCUUUCGUCAAUAUCUUCGUUUCACUCGUCGGUCUCAUCAUCCCGGUCGGUAUUGGCAUCAUAAUACAGAAAAAGCUACCGAAGGUCGCCAAAUUACUCCUCAGACUUCUCCGCGGAGUUAUUGUGAUUUUCUUCAUCCUCGUCUUCACAAUUGGGAUCUACGCAAACCUCUACAUAUUCAGACUGAUGACGCCAUUUAAUCUCCUUGCGGGUGCUCUGUUGCCUUACGUAGGGUUCCUGUUCGGCGGCAUUGUGGCGUUACUGACAAGACGCAACAAAAGUGAUAUUUUGACAAUCGCUAUAGAAACAGGGAUACAGAACUCUGGAGUGGCCAUAGUAUUACUACAGUUAUCUCUCCCUCAUCCAGACUCGGACAUCGCCAUCGUCGCCCCGGUCAACUGCUCACUCUUCACGCCCAUUCCCGUCGUCAUAGCAAUAAUCGUUCACGUCAUCAGGAAGAGAUGGUUCCGAAAAGACGAGGACAAGGACACAAAACAGGAAGUAGGGACCGCAAACGAGGAUGCUGACCAAAAUGUUUCCCUCACUUUUCACUCUCAGUCCGGAAAAGAUGGGGAGGAGGGAGACACUAGAGAAGGACUUCAGGGGAAUCUCUUACUACAACGAUGAAAAUUGGUAAUUAAAAGAGAUCAAGUCCGACUGGUUUUUGGAUUGCAUCAAGGCGUAACGAAGAAACAUUGCAUUGAGAGAUAAUUACUGUAUAGAUCAGUAUAGGCCCUCUCGAAUGACAGGCCGACUUUCUUUUUAAAUGCUUAAAUCAGUUGUUAUCUAUGAAAACUAACGUAUAGGCAUUUAUAAUAACAAUUAAAUGAUGUCCACGUGUCAUCGAUACUACUGGGUGUCCUAACUACCGCAUUACUAUUUUUCUGAAUUUUUCCAUCAAUAACCAUUUGACACUUUAACUCCCGAAAUGUCUAUACACGAUCAUCCUUGUAUGUCUGUUCACACGAAUCACAUGAAACAAGCGAAAGGAUUUAUCAAAUACAACUUCUCAUAUUCCGAAGACGUCACAGCGUAUUUGUUCAACGUCUACACGACCAACAGCCUUCAACAGUAAGCUUGAUUUGCUUACUCGGGCUUGUUGAAAACGAUAAGCCUAUUGCAGCUUUUGAAAACUUGGCAGUUUGUGACGGAGAGUAAUCUCGUGUUGUUGCGAGGUAACCUGCUAGUCUCGUUUUAAUGCAUUUAUCGCUGGAAUUAUUCAGCCCUGUUUUCGUGUGUUUGUCUUGCAAAACUCUUCAGCCUCGUUUAUUUUAUUAUUAUUUUUGUCUCGCGGAGCCCCGUUUGAAUGUUACUGUAUUGCUGUAUUUCAAAUACUGACUUCAAUAUUCUGAAAUUUUUAUAAGUGAAGGUGCUCUUAUACUUCUGCCCUUUGAUAACUAACGUUGAAAAUAAAAAGAGCCGGAACUACCUCCAUCUGUAUCCUUGCGCGUGUUAUUGUUGUUGUAGGCCGCCGUCUCACACACGUCUGCUGAAGCACUGCGGGCGCCUGUGGCUGAAGGUGUGCGAUUAACCCUCCGCGGUGAAAAAUAGUCCCCGCUUACUUCCCUGUCUUCCGGGCUGUACGAGCGGGAUUCGUCAUUCAGAGAGAAAGGUCCCGCUAUAAAUUGCAUGUCGAUCUCGUUUGAAGAACGAGUGGUGGCGAACUGCGGUAUUGGGCGAGGUAUCCUGGAUCGCGGGACACGCGCACUACCCUGUGAACGCUCGUUUGCGUGUCGGGUUAGUAGAUUAUCAACAUACAAUUUACGAAGUGUAGAGAUUGGAAACGACGUGGAAGUAACUAAUCCGAUCGCGGAAAGUUCAUGCCGUAAUCCGGUGACACCCCAGUUCAGAUAGUUGGUCAUAUCCAGCGCACUUCCAGACGUUUUCUGUUUAUUUGAUUUUGGCGCCAUGAUGAAGGAAGGGGUAAAACACUCCCCUGACUAAUACUUCAAAAGUUCAUCGUAUGUACAUACGAGAGACUCCCUCGUUACACACAACAUACAUGAUACAUCCCAGACAAUAAGUAAAGUUCGUGUACGUAGAAUUUUGAGAGAAUCACUGGAUAAAAUGCUUGAAUUGAUACAGAUUGAGAGAAUUAAAAAUGGCUGCUGGAGCUGACUGAUCUCCCUCAAAGUUGCACACACCCCCACUCUGAUCACGUGAUCUGGAUAGUCCCUUACUAGGGAAUGACUGGCAUGACUGCACACGACCUUUGACUUAUUCACCACAUAGUCAGCCCACAGUCCACGACCCCCAAUGACUGCCUAUAUUACUAGAUAUAGAAACUUAUCACUGCCAUAAAACAUGCUUAAAAUUAUUUAAGCUUCAAGUAGUGUAUUCCAGCGGUUUUUAGAUAGGUGCUUCAGUUUGUGUGAGGUUCCAAUGGCGGCUUCUUCAACUCAAUCAACUAAUGUUAAAAUAAUGUUUUUCAUGUUUUUGAAGUUUAAAAAUAUGAGCUGAAUGAUAAAAAUAAAUAACAUUUUUGUUAUAUUUUGCAUUAAAAGGAACAGGGAUCAGGGUUCGCACAGGGCAUAACAUGUUGAAUGAUAUUUUUUAUGGAAAUCUGAAACACAUAUUAUAUGGCUUAAUUUAAGUAUUAUCCACAGUAUUUGCUGACCUUGUGGCCAAAGUGGUUACAGCUUAUUUAUAUCCAGGUGCGCCCAUUCUUAUAUUUCUUUUUUAAAAUUGUCUAAUUUAUUUUGUUGCAGCUUUCGCUCUAUUGUAUUUUAACGGUUUUUGUGUUCCGUACAGUUGUACUUUUUAUAUAAAACCAUGCCAGGUUGAUGGUCGUAUUAUGAAUCAUGUAACAGUUGAUUGUUAAAUGGCGUGCAAAGUUGUUGCAUUAAUUUUCAUGAGAGAAAAAUAGUAAAAUCAACGAGAUUUGGCAGUACUAGGUAUAUAUAAAAAGAUAUCUACACUAAACGUGUAGGAAUAGCAUUGGUAUAUUUUUAAAUAUAUAUCGUGAGGUUAACAAAUCGGUGUGUACGGAUAAGAUAAUCAAAACAAUUUAUUGACAAUUAAUUCGUCGCAUCUGAAAAGAUGUGAGAUUUAUAGUUAAUGCCAUUGUUUUUGUUUAUAUGUAUUAAUUUGUUGAUAAUUAUAUGUGACACCCAGAUCACUGUGAUAACACGUGCCUAAUAGUUUGUUGACACUUCUAUUGUAUGUUCUGAUAAUAUCCUUCACGUGUUGAAGCAUGACGUCAUAUCUUAAUCAUAUGAAAACACAAAUUACUAUUGCACAUAUUUCACGUUAUCUUGGCUUGAUUUUCAAUAAUAAAGGACAAAGAUCCUAUUGUAAUUGCUAUCAGUAUAGAAAUGUAGUGGUAUAGAACGUAGAACAGUUCGCGCCGCUUCAGCUAUAACAAAUGAUGUGUUCCAUAUAAUACUUAUAUAUUUACAUUUGUUGCUGUGUGUUAAAGAAUAUUUUAUAAUAUAAUUUUGUGAUAUUUUCUUAAUCAUUGUAUAUGCCGUGUAUGUAAACAACAGUUGGAGAAUAUAUUAUACCUAAUGUUUAUAUUAUUGAAUGUAUCCUCUGCAAUGGAUUUAAUAUAUAUAUAUAUAUAGAUAAACAUAUGACGCUUUAUCCUAUUUAACAGUUUGUAAAUAUAUGUGCUAUCCCCAAUUGUCUAUUAGAUCAUCCGAACCGGUAGAUGAAAUAGUUUGAAUGAUUUUGUUACUAUUUCGUG